AUGACGCGUUCUCCAUGGUUUCCAUCUAAUGCGCAUGCGCAUAAACACAUCGCUAUGGCGUCGUGGAUACAUAAGUAGUAGAAUGUUUAUGUUUUUGUAAAAGCUCAAAAACAGACGAGAACAUGCAGAGCGAGAAGAAAUUAACCAAAGAAGACACGUGGAGACCUGCUGAGCUGAGACGACAUAUUAGGGACAAAGACUCUAGUGAAAGAUAUUCAAGACACAGAGAAGACACUGAUAGAAGGCAGCGUGAAGGAGAAUCUAUGGAGAGACGACACAGGGAUCCGGACAGAGAAAAGCUUAAGGAAAAAAAGCUAAGACAUGGAGACACAGGAGACAGAUAUGCAGAGCAAAAGAAAGACAGAUCUUAUGACAGAAGAAGUGAAAAGGACAGGGAGAGAAGAGGUGAAGAGGAAAGGAAAAAACAGGUAGGGGAUGCAAGAAAUUACAGGGAAACAAUACUAGACAAAGAGGACUUCAGGGAAAGGGAAAAGCAGAAGGACAGACACAAAGAUAAGGAGAAAGACAGGGAAAAAGUAAGGGAGAGGCACAGUGAGGACUGGGAAAGAAGGAGAGAAGACAGAGAGAAGGAAAGAAGGAGAGAGGAACGUGAAAAAGAGCAUAGGAGAGAGAGAAGGCGACAUGAUGAGAGUGAAGUGAGAAGAGAUCAGACAGAGAAGCUGCACAGAGAGCCGGGGGACCGGCAACACAGAGGCACACAUGAUGACAGAAGAAGAGACAAAGACAUUCAAGAAGCUAAUAGGCGUUCGGAGCAGUCAGAAGACAGAGAUAAAAAACAAGAACACAGACGGAAUAAUGAGGAAAGAGAACGAAGGCACAAGGAGAGAAGACAUCAUGAUGAAAAGGACGAACGUGAAUCAAAGGAACGUCGGGAAAUUAAAAAAACAGAUGAUGAAGUGCGGAAUUCGCACGGCAACAGGAAACAAACAGAAAGGGAAAAGCAAAAAGAGAGACAUAAAAAAGAGGAAGAAGGUGCAGAACGAAGACAUAAGGACAGAGGACACAGUGAGGUAGCUAAAGAGGAUCUAGAAAGAGACCACGGUGAGAAAAGGAGCUCCAGGAAAUCCCAGUCUGACAAAAGUCUCAGACACGAGAAAAUGGAGGAAGAGACAAAGGAUGAUGUAGCUGUUUCCAAGCAGCAGAUGAUGGAUGGAAAAAAUGGAGGAGAGCAUGUAGAAAAGGCAGAACUUGCAGAGGAAGAAUAUGAAGAGGAUUUUGAGGAUUAUGAAGAGGACUUUGAAGACCUAGAUGAGAGUGCUGAGGAGACUGAGGAUGAGGUGCAUGAUGGGAAGGAGGAACAGACGGCCCAACCAAGUAAAGAGAUCGAGUCAAUCCGGAGAGCCAUGGCUGAAGAGAACGAGAGAGCUGGAACGGCUCAGUCCAGACGGAGUAUAGACAGGGAGGAAGAGGAGCAUGUGUCUAAAGGCUCUGAAAGGAAUCAAAGUAAGAUCUCACGACAUGGUAAAUUUAUCGACUUUGUUGCUGCAAAGCAACGUGAAGUCAGCCAGAAAGCUGCUGCAAAACAGAAGAAGCGAGGCGCAGAACUGCUUCAUUUAAUCGAUUUGGAUUUUUCACUGACUUGUUCCCUCCUGGACAUACCUCCUGUCAGUGAAUAUGAGAUGUAUAUAAAGAGCUUUGGAAAUGCAAACACCAAGCAGGCUUAUGUUCAGUGUAAUGAGGAUAACACAGAUCGAGACGUCCAGACGGAGGAGAUAGAGAUAUGUGAGAAGUGGACUCAGCAUCCCCCUGAAUUCAGUGGAGCAUGUGGAGAUACCAACUUCUCUCUGGAAGCCCAGGACAAAACCAGGGAUGAACUCAUCCUCGAUUCACAACAGCUGAUGUCGUUUCUGGACUCAGCCUCACAGGUCAUGGUGGUGCUGCUGGAGGAAGACCAAGCAGAGAAGAAGUCCUUAAGAAAGCUGACGACUCAAACAGAUUCCCUUUCUUUUAGUGAUGGAAGUCUACAGCUCAACACCACCUUGCCUUUUCUUUCAGGUCGACAGAUAAGUCUUGUUCACUUCUCUCCGGGUCAAAAGCACACCAUGCUGUCCGUGCACAUGCCCAAAGUCCAAGCCAGCACCGCCCACCUCGACAGCUGCAGCAUGGUCUGCGUUUGGAACAUCUGGGAACCAUCCAGACCUCAGAAGAUAUUUAUCUAUGAAGCAGAGAUUCAGUGUUGCUGCUUUAGUCCAGGAAAGUCCACUCUAGUGUUUGCAGGAACACAGGUCGGCUCUGUGGUUCUGUGGGACCUGAGGGAAAAUUCCAGCAACCACUACAGAUUAAAGAUUGGUGAGGAUGAGUGGACCUUCAGAAAUCCUACGUUCUCCACUGAUGCAGUGAUGUCCAGCCCAAGCCAUGCCUCACCUGUUGCCUCUGUAGAGGUCAUUCCCUCCUUUGUAGCUGGAGGGCUGAGGGCAGAGGUUCCUCUUCUGGCCUUUGAGGAAGGGUUGUCCUUCCAGCUGGCCUCUCUGGAUGAAAGUGGGAUGUUAAAUAUUUGGGUGGUGGUGGAGCUGCCUAAAGGCAAUGAGGCGGGCUCUCUAACAGAUCUAGGUCUCCGUCCUGGGGGCAAAGUGAAGCUGCUUCACAGCUCCUCCCUCCUCACUGUUCAGAGGCCGUUACUAAAAGUGGCAGGAACAGCAAGACCGUUUCAGACCCUGCUAUUAAAAUACCAUCCAACAGACUCCAAUCAGUUCUUUAUUGGCACUAAUCUGGGUCUCGUCAGCCAUGGAACAAGUCAUGGUUUGAAGACUCCUCCACAGUUUUACGGGUUUCAGGAGGUGGAGGAAAGAACUGUUGACAUCAACUCAAUCCACUUUUCUCCUUUCAGACCAAACCUGUUCCUGGUUGGCUGUGCAGAUGGCAGCAUCAGGCUGCAUACAGUCAACCAUGAGCAGCCUGUGGCAGAAUGGAAGAACAGCACUGCUGGUGAACCAGUGAUCUCAGCACAGUGGGCCCAGACCAGGCCCGCCGUAUUCUGUGUUCUGGAUGCAGCUUCUAACCUUCACAUAUGGGACAUGAUGAAAGAUGAUGCACAGCCUCUUAUAACGAAGAAAAUGAGCACAGAUGGGGUUACAGCUAUGGCUGUAUUUGGAGACUCAGGACAUCAGAACACAUACUCAGGAAUUGCCCUUGCACAUGAGUCAGGUAAAAUAGAGCUGCAUUAUUUCACUCCAACUUUGACGGUGCUCAACCCUACAGAGGAGGGGAAGUUGGAGAGUAUAAUGACUGAAGCCUUUUGAAACCCAGCGUCUUGAAUAGCUCACUUCAUUCUGUUUAGGACCCAUUUUGGUCUUUCUAUGAAGGUUCAAUGUAUUUUUAAACACAGUUUGACUAAAACAAGCUUUCGUCAACCACCUUUUACAUUAAAGACAUGAAAAAGGUGACGUAUGUGUUUCUUUAUUUUACUAGUUAUGUUAAAUGUAUUCCAAAUGGGAUGGAGGAUGUCAUGUUAUAAAGUGAAUGUUCUUGAUGCAUUGAUUGUGAUUAAAAGAGGAAUGUACAGGUUUGUAGAUAUGUGAAAAAUAUUUGUAUUACUAUUACUUAAUCUGGAUUC